AAGGAAAGAAAAGAGAACAUGGGGCACAUUGUACACCAGUUCAAGGCUCUGUUUUGGAAAAAUUGGCUCUGCCGUGUGAGGCAACCGGUCCUAUCUCUCGCUGAAAUACUGUGGCCAUGUGUACUGUUCUUGAUUCUAGCUGCAAUCCGCUUCCAGGAGCCCCCAAAAUACAAGGAAAACUGUUACUUAGAAGCUCGUGAUUUACCAGGUCGGGGCCUUUAUCCUUUCAUGCGAACCCUUUUCUGUAAUGUUGGUUCACGAUGCAAGAAUACUAGUUACACAGCACAGGAAAACAACCACUUCCGCACCCAAAGUGGUCCAGAGAAAGUCACUGGACCUGAUCUAGACUUCAUGAGAGAGAUAGAAGAACUUGCAAAGGAUUUUAUUGAUACUACAGAGAAAGCCAUGGCUUUAGAAAAACUGUGGGAAGAAAACUCAAGGUUUUCAGGGCUCCCUAACAUCACCACUUUUCUUUCUAUGGAUUUGAAUGAAGCAGAGAAAAUGAUUUCUAGAGCAGAAAAUCUGUACAAGCAACCAUAUUUCUGGAACUUUCUGCAUUCACUCCCUCAUCUUGAACUGAACAGCUUUUUUACAGAAGAUGAGUUAGCUUCCAUAGCACAGUUUCUAAAGAUUAUUCAAAAUACCUUAGCAUCAUUGAAGGAUUUAGCUAUGAUGCCGUUAGAUCAAAAUUUCUAUGAAGUGGUGAAAAUAGCGCUGAAUUUAACUGUUGCAUCAGUACAAGAUAGGAGCUUAGAAGGUUUUCAAUACAAUCUUUCUUUUGGAGAUGUUUUGUGGAAUCCACUUGCGGUGAAAGCAGAACUUGAAUCCAGGUUUGGUUUUGACGGUCCUCAUGUUGAGAAGCUACUAAGUUAUACAGCACAAUUAACAAAGAUUCCCACAGGAGAGACACUGGAGCAGUUUGUAUGCUCUGCUCUGUCCAGUGUGCCAGAAGAUGAAGCAAAAGAGAAUAAUGGACAGGGCUGCAUUUCUACACGGCAUGAGGCCAAACUGUAUCUUGUUCAUGCUGUCAGCAAGCUCAGACUUUAUACACAGAUAAUUGAGCAAUGGCUUAGCAGCAGCAGUCUCUCUCAGAAUCUCCUUUUGGAACUUAGAAGACUAAUAGCUGAUUUAGUAUCUCAGUUUCUAGAUGAAAGGGAAGCCAGGAAACUUUUUUCAGGCAUAAAUACCCUGAUCCAGCAAUGGAAUGAGAAAUCAGAUGCCUACUUUUCAGAAGGAUAUACUGCAUCUCAUGAUUGGACUUUGACAUCUUUCAAAGAGUUUUUGAAGAGAGAAGAAAACUUAAGGAUUUCUGGUGAAAAGGAAACAGAUCAUCUUUUUCAUCUUGUAGAAGUCAUAGAAGAAAUUAUAAUGUUUGAUUUCUCAGCUUCUUCAAACCAGUCUCUAAUUGAAAAUGCCUUGAAUAAUAUAAUAAUAUGGAUGAAAAAUUUUGCUCAGGGGAAGGAAUCUGUCACCUAUUUCUCACUUGCAGUUGCUGAACUCCAUAAUGAGCUACAAAAAGAAUUCCAGCCUCUUCAGAGGUUCUGGUCAAAAAAGAAGACAGAAGUUUUGUGGCAUAUAGUUGAAAUUUUCUUCUCUGAACUUGGUUCUAGGCUUUCUCAUAUGAGUCAAGUGGAAGAGGAGGAGGUAAUUGAGAACUUAUCUAGAAUUAUAUCUUCCAUUACAGAAAAUAAAAUCCAUAGUAGAAGUAUGGUGUCGCUACAAAAUAUCCUGACUGACUGGUCAGAUUUAAAUGUUACUGCCUUGAACCAUUUAAAACAUUUAAGUGAAAACUUCCUAAGAAAUCUCUAUGAAGUUGGAUCAUUGUCUAGUGACCAUGUCAAUGUGUCUUUCACCACAAUUCCUGGAUUGAGUAAUAUCUCCUCUUUAUUUCUCUCAAAUGCAACUUUUAUGUCUAAGGUACAAGAUUUAGGAGAUAUUGUGCAUGAUUUCCUCAAAAACAUCCAAAAGUUAAACAAUACUAGUGUGACCUCACUUGUUCCAAUAAUUUUCUCUCUGUAUCAGAAUGAUGAGCUGGUCUUAAAUAUUAAGAACAAUAGCACUCUGUUAACCUUUCUUUAUGAGACUUCAAAAGAUAUGUUAUCUUUUCAAGUAUGGCAUGAUUUCCAAAAUAAGGAUCUAGUUUUUGAUUUUCUGUCUGAAACUUUUGACCUUCUCUGGAACCUCACCAGUAAGUCUCUGUGUGAAAAGUUACUAUUAUUUUACAACUACACAGAGUUUCAGGCCCAGUUUGCUGCACAGAAUGGAAAAAAAGAGAUGCAAGUGGUCUAUGGCACUCUGAGCAGCCUUAAAAUUUUUUUUAUAGAUGAAGAGCUCCAAACAGCGGCCUUUUGUUAUUUGACUGAGUUUCUUGAUAUCUCUCAGGAGUGCCUGGUCAAUAAUGGGUGCACUGAUUUUUAUCUAGCAAAUAUUACUUCUGCAGAUCAUCACAGAGGUUAUGACUUACUUCUGCUUCCAUUGGACAGUGUCCUGUCUAAUCUAACAAACUUGGGAGAUAACAUGAGUGUGCCUUCUGCUUUGCACUGCACUUUUACAUGGCUUCAAAUGUGGACAGAGAUUUUUGAAGAAGCAUCUAAAAUCUUAAAUUUGAAUUCAACCUUUUUUGUGUGUCUAAGAAAUGAUUUGCAUUUAUCAGUGGAACUUUUGUCAGAAAUUCAAACUCUUCUGAAAAAUAGAACUUCUGAAGUUCAAGAAAACAGCUCCUCUCAUUCAGACAUUGAGAUUGAACCUUUCUUACAUGAGAAAAAUAUCAAUUUGCUGAUGGAGUUCUUUCAAAAUGUGAUUAGAAAACUUGACUCAAACUCGCAGAGUGAACACAAAACAUUUCCACAGAAACUGAUAGAAACAGCAGCUCUAAAUAUUGAACUGGUAAGAAAGGCACUUAAAAUUUUCAAGUCUCUCACUUUUACUGACAUUCCAUUAAGAGAUGAAAAGGAGUUUCUAAAACAUAUGGUAGCCUUGGCGCAAAACAUGAGAAACAUCGAUGUUGAGUUCCUGACAAGUAGAUUCAAACAAGUCCAGAGGAAUAUAGAUAGUUUCUUUAAAAAUAUCAAACCUUUUUAUACUGAGAACUCUGAGUUAGGAACUUUAACAGACUGGUGGGAUGCAUUUGAGAACAUUUCCUGUCAUUUGAACCUGACUGGCUUAUGGCAAAUAACACAACUUUUUGAACAGGAUGAGCUCUAUGAUGUAGAAGAUGUGUUCAACCUCUUCUUUGAUGUCAUCAACCUUAUGGAAAGAUUAGCCCAUGAAAACACUACAGAAGCACUAACUGAAAUAUAUGCUUUCAUACUGAUUCAGGAGGAAAAAAUGCCAAUGUUUACUGAUGAGGAGUUCUCUAAUCAAGUAGAAGGUCUUCUAAUGUUACUGGAGACACUGACAGACAUAUCUGAUAAACCUGCAGAGGUCUCUGAUUGUUUUUCUGCAGCAUUCUGCUGGACUCUGACAACAGCAGCACCUCAGAAUGAUCCCACUGUCAAACCUUGUGACUUUAUGCAUAGCAAUUCUACUCUUAGUUAUAAUGCAGUCAUUGAAGUCAUUAAGGAGCUUAAACUCAUCACUCUGGAGGACAGUUUCUCUUGCUCUAGGGAAGACUUUCUGAUGGAUAUUUCUCUCAAUCUGACUUGCUUUUUUCAUCAGAUCAAAGAAUGGAACUCUAUUCUUUUGAAGUUUUCUGAGCUCCAUCAUGUAAAUGGCUCAGUUCUCAAAGAGCUGCUAGAUUUUUGGAAUGAGCUAUCCCUUUAUGCUGUGCCACUGCAUGUGAAUAAUACAUAUACAAUCAAUUGUUCCUCCACACCAAAGAGCCAAGUAGCUUUACAAAUCAUUGAAAUACUGGGCAGUGUUUCAGUGGUAGAAAUGGAGAUGGCCAAAGAUCUUCUGGAACAUCUUUAUGGUGGCCUAAGUUGGAACAGACACUCAAGAACAUCACUUAAGGGUGUUCUUACUAAUGUUAAGAAUAUGACCAGUGAAGUUUCUCGACUCCUGAAUACAGAUGCUGUCAUUUCUUUUCUUUCUGCAAUUCAGCCUCUAAUGACACUGUCAUCUGUUGGAAACCAGACAUACUCAAUGCUCAUGAUAAUAUCUGCUUUAAAUGAAAAUAGCAAUAUAUCUGAUAACUUUGAGAACUUCUGGUUUCCUAUAGUUACAAGCAUAGAAAAUUUAUUGGUGAAUUUUAGUGUUAAACAGUUACUUGUGGUGGUAGACCAAGGGUUUCAAUUACUAAAGUUAGCAACUGGACGGUCCUCUUCAGUGGCUCCUGAUGUUUUAAUACAGUGGUUUAAGACAUCAUCUGUAGAUGCUAUAUUAAGAAAUUUUGAAGAUAUGCAAGGCAUUGUGAAGAGUUUUCUAUGCAAGUGUAACAAUAAAAAUUAUACUAAAAUAAUACAUGCUCUAAUUCUCCUUAUGACUAAUGAAAGUUCAUCAAAUGACCUACUGCUGGCUGUCAAAGACAUUAUUCACUUUCUGGAACUUUUCCAAAAUAAGUCCAAGGAAGACUACACUGGUAUGUUGUUUGGUGACAGUCAUCUCAGUGGAGAAAAACUGAAUCAUAGUCACUCUGCUACUUCAGUUUUGUUAAAUGAUCUCCUUCAUAUAAUUGCUGAUCUUGCUGUUAUAAAAGAAGAAGCCUUACAUACAAACAAUACUGAGCUUCAGAUAGUUGACUUCAUUGACUCAUUUUUUUAUAAGGCACAAUAUGGAGAAGCUUCUACUCAGUCCCAAAACAGAACUCUGGAGAUCAUUCAAGAGAUUUUGCAAGUGAUAUUUCAGUCUACUGCAGAGCACGACAGGAACAAAAUAAGACUACUACUAAAGGAUUUGCAUAAGGAUGUAAUGGCAGAAAUGAGAGCAUCUAAAAUCUGCAAGAUUCUUCAGGAACAUUUAUACCCUGAUAGUGUUCUACUAUUGCAGAAAUUGCAGUUUACCAUUUUGAGUACUCUCAAAAUCUUUUCAGAAGAACCAGUUGUCUUUGGCAACAUUUUCUGUGUCAUUACAAAGUGUAAAGAUGGAUUAACAAGUCACUUGCUCCCUGCUAUCUUUGAAGGGAUCACUGUGGUUCAAGAUCAUUAUCAGGAUGUUGAAAGAUUGUGGCCUACUUUCAACAAGGGGGAUUGCAAGAGUAUGGCAUAUAUAAACCAAAAACUUUCCCAUAGUUUGGAGACCUUCCAGGAAGCCUUGCAGAAUACCAGAAAUGACAGCUGUGAAUGUCGGCUAAUGUUGGGGAACAUACAGAGACAACUGCAAAUGUUGGCUGAAAAUUUGGAGCUACAAUUAUCAGAAAAUCCAGCAGCUGCUCUUCUCAGCAAUUUAAAUCUCUUGAAUGAUGUGAAAGUCAAAGAGUAUGUGCAGAAUCUUACUCAGCUGAGGCUAGACAUUGGUUCUUCUGUCAAUAUUUCUGAAGAAACUGUCAAUACCAUCUUGGAAGCCAGUGUCUCUCAUUCAAAGGUUUUUUACAGUGCCUUUGUCGUAGCUUUAACUGGAAGAUGUGAUGAAGAAGUACUUAGCCUGCUGCUAAAGCUGCCUGAAAACAGUAAAACUUCCCUGGUAGUGGAAGAAUUAUGUUCCUUACCAGCACUGGACUUGUACACCAUGUUUGUGCUGAUUAUACAGAAUUUAAACUUACGUCACAUCAUUUACAAGAUCCAGAUACCACCUGAGAUAGGCAAUGUGCUAAAUAUGCUACUGGAUGUGGUUUCUAGUAUCAGUUCACUUCUUGAUAAAGUCCACCAUGUCAUGGAAAAGCUUCCAAUGUUCCUCCAAGGAAUUAAAAAUAUUGAUGUGCUUGACAUCUCUUCAUUGCAGCAGUUUUUGCAAGGUGGGCAGUUCAGAAGUUCAGCUGUUGGAUCCCUGGAGUCUGUAAUCAAGGCAGUGUGUAAAGAAGAAUCUUCAUUUUUCAGCAAUGCAAACCUGUUCAUUGACAUGCCCAGAGUCAUGGGACUCUUGGAGGACAAUAUGGCAAAAUAUGGCAUUCCUGCAGAUUCAACUCCUUUUUGCUUGAAGCUUUAUCAAGAGAUUUUGCAGUCUCCUAAUGGGGCUUUGCUAUGGACUUUCCUGAAACCUUUGUUGCACGGGAAGUUACUAUACAAUUCAAAUAUCAACAUGAUUGACCUGGUGAUAGAGAAGGCUAAUUUCACUUUUGGUUUUGUGGAACACUUGAAGACUUAUUCUGAGACAUGGCUUAGGAUGUCUGAGGUUUUUAAAACCAGUGGAAAUGUCCUCACAGUCUCACGACUGCAGGAAGCACUGCAAAGCAAUUUCAUAAAGCACUUCAUAGAAAGUAAUUUGGAUAUUGACAUGGAAAAACUGCUAAAAAAAAUGCAAACAUAUGAAACCAUGAUGAACAAGAUGCUUAACAGCUCAGCAAGUAAACAGAUUGACCUGUUGUCACAGCUUGUAGUAAACAUCUCUUCCUGUGUGUUACUGGACCGUUUCCAGCCUUUUGACUCUGUGGAAAAAUUGCAGGAGAAGGCUCAUGAACUCAUGCAGCAAAAUAAUCUUUUGGCUAGUAUCAUCUUCGAUACACCGAAGAACAAGAGGCAAGACUCUAGCAAUGGCCUUCCAAGACACAUUUCAUAUACAAUUAGAACCAGUGUUCUCUAUAGCAUGAGAACAGAUUUGAUUAAAAACCCAACAUGGAAAUCCCAUCCCCAGAAGUUGCCAGCUGAUGGGUUUAAAUACAACCAUGUCUUUAUUCCUCUUCAAGACAUGAUUGAAAGGGCAAUUAUUUCAGCACAGACUGGGAUAGAUACCUCAGAGACAGCCAUUCAGGUGCAAGCCAUGCCUUACCCUUGUCAUACCAGUGAUCUAUUCUUGAACAAUAUAGGGUUUUUCUUCCCACUUAUGAUGAUGUUAACAUGGAUGGUUUCAGUUGCUGGUAUGGUUCGCAAGUUGGUUUAUGAAAGAGAAAUUCAUCUUGAAGAGUAUAUGAAGACAAUGGGUGUACAUCCAGCCAUUCAUUUCUUUGCUUGGUUUCUUGAGAAUGUCAUUGUACUCACAAUAAGCAGCUGUGCUCUGGCCAUCAUUUUAAAAGCAAGUGGUAUCUUUGCUUAUAGCAAUGCCUUUCCUCAUCUUCCUUUUCUCCUGGAAUUUGGAGUCACAGUUAUUAUGCUAAGCUAUUUCUUGGGAGUGUUUUUUAGCAGUGCCGAUACAGCAGCUCUGUGUGCCAGCCUUGUCUAUAUGAUCAGUUUUUUACCCUACAUAGUUUUGUUGGUCUUGCAGAACCAGCUGAGUUUCAUCAGCAAGAUUAUAAUGUGUCUUCUUUCUACAACUGCCUUUGGGCAAGGAAUAUUUUUCAUUACACACUUUGAGAGCCAAGAAAUAGGAAUUCAGUGGAAUAAUGUGCACCAGUCAAUGGCACAAGGAGGAUACAUGACCUUUGGAUGGAUGUGCUGGAUGAUGUUCUUUGACUCUAUUUUGUAUUCUAUAGGUGGCUGGUAUUUCAGCAAUAUUAUUCCUGGAAAAUUUGGAUCAAAACACCGAUGGUACUUUCCCUUUACUGUUUCCUACUGGAAGAACCUGUGUGGUGCAGAGAGGAGGGAGAGACAUUACCUGAAUUCUAAUAUAUUUUUCUUCAAUGAAAACUUCAAAGAAAAAGAACAAGCACCUCAAAAUUGGAAAGGCCCUUGCACUGAAGGAGCCACCAUUGGUGUUGUGCUGCUGUCUCUCACCAAAGAGCACAUGGAUGGCCAGAAGGCGGCUGUUAAAGAUCUCAGCCUCACUUUCCACAGAGGGCAGAUAACAGCGCUCUUGGGACCUAAUGGAGCUGGCAAGACAACAGUUAUAUCACUGUUAACCGGUCUGUAUCCACCGAGCUCUGGUACCAUUAUUAUUGAUGGAAAGGACAUACGUACUGAUUUGGCUGCCAUCAGGACAGAGCUGGGUGUUUGCCCACAGUAUGAUGUGCUGUUUAACACACUUACGGUGCGAGAGCAUCUACUGCUUUAUGGAUCAGUGAAGGCACCCAGAUGGACGAACGAACAGUUGAAUGAGCAAGUCAGUGGAGCUCUGGAAGAUGUGAAUUUAUCUCAACAUCAGUACAAACCUGUUGGAGCUCUUUCUGGGGGAAUGAAAAGGAGACUGUCAAUUGCCAUCUCCUUUAUUGGAAACUCAAAGACAGUUGUUCUAGAUGAGCCCACCAGUGGAGUAGAUCCAUGUUCUCGCCGUGGUAUUUGGGAUGUUCUUCUGAAGUACAAAGCUGGUUGCACACUGAUCUUUACCACUCACCACCUCGAUGAGGCAGAGGUGCUCAGUGAUCACAUUGCCAUUCUGCAGCGUGGCCAGCUGAGGUGCUGUGGUUCUCCCUCUUAUCUGAGAGAAACAUACGGCCAGGGACAUAGUCUAACACUCAUAAAAAAGCCUUCUAUGUUUGAAAUCCAGGAUCCUAAGCAUAUUGUUCGUGUCACAUCUCUGGUACAGACCCAUAUUCCAGAAGCCUUCUUGAAAGAGAACAGCGGGACUGAGUUGACCUAUGUGAUUCCAGAAAGGGCAGAUAAGGCCUCUUUUAAAGGUCUCUUUCAAGCUUUAGAUCAAAGCCUUCAGCAUCUACAUGUGACUGGCUAUGGCAUUUCUGACACAACUUUGGAAGAGGUGUUUCUGAAGCUUCUGCAAGACUCAGAGAAGAUGCCCUGCAUUCCACAGGGAGCACACCAGGACCAUAAAAAUGGUAUUGAAUCAGUUUAUAUCUCACUUACAAGGGCUGCGAGUCUGUGUGGAGCCCAUCUUGUUCUCCCACAGAGUGUUGCUCUUCUGAUGAAGAGGUUUCACCACACUAGGCGUGACUGGAGAGGAAGCCUCUCAAAUGUGCUGCUACCUGUCCUCUUUGUUGCGCUGGCAAUGGCCUUGUUUAGUGUGAAGCCGCUGGCUAUUGAUUAUCCUUCUCUCAAGAUGACACCAAACCUUUAUGACAAUGUAGAAUCCUUCUUUAGCACUGAAGAUAAUAACUUAGAAAACCUUUCUCAAGUUCUACUGGGUUAUUUCUCUGAUUGGAACCACACGUGCAUGCAUUCACAACAACGAAAAAAUAAUUCAUGUUGGCAGAUAGAAAAUAUGCCACCCCAGGACUCAUGUGGAUGUGUAGCUGGACAGGAGAUGUGCCCAAGUUUCAAUACCUCUGCUCCCUAUGUAAAGAACAAGAAAGGACAUAUUUUAUAUAAUCUUUCAGGGUUCCUUGUGGAGGAGUAUUUGGUGAGGCCUUCCAACAAAACAAGAUAUGGUGGUUGGUCUUUUGGAGGGAGGAAAGCAUUUGAACUUCAAGAUACGAAACUGAAUGAAACCAAAUCUCGGCCUCUGGCUAAGGUGUGGUAUAACCAAAAAGGUUUCCAUUUGCUGCCAUCCUACUUAAAUGAACUAAAUAACCUCAUUCUGUGGAUGAAUUUACCUCCUAAUGUGGAUUGGAGAGAGUAUGGGAUAACACUCUACAACCAACCAUAUGGAGGAGCCUUGCUGGAUGAGGACAAAAUAAUGGAGAAUGUUCGUCAGUGUGGGGUAGCACUGUGUAUUAUGCUGGGUUUUUCUAUCCUUACCGCAUCCAUUGGAAGUACCAUAGUGAAGGACAGAGUAUCUGGCACAAAACGCUUGCAGCACAUCACAGGCCUGGGUUACAAAACUUAUUGGCUUGCUAACUUCUGCUGUGAUAUGCUAUUUUACAUGGUUCCAGUCACCCUGUGUGUUGGUGUUAUUAGUGCCUUCCAGCUAUCAGCCUUCACUUUCCGGAAGAACUUGGUGGCCACUGUUCUCCUGCUAAUACUCUUUGGAUAUGCAACUUUACCAUGGAUGUAUCUUGUAUCCAGAUUCUUCUCAAGUUCAGAUGUAGCUUUUAUUUCUUAUGUCUCCUUAAAUUUUGUGUUUGGCCUGUGUACCAUGCUGGUGACUCUCUUACCUCGUCUGUUAGCUAUAAUUUCCAAAGUGCAGAGUUUUCAGAACAUCUACAAUAUCCUCAAAUGGGCAUUCAUCAUAUUCCCACAAUUUUGCUUAGGCCAAGGUUUAAUAGAGCUUUCGUACAAUCAGAUCAAGUUUGACCUCACCAGUAACUUUGGAAUAGAUUCAUAUGUGAGCCCUUUUGAGAUGGAUUUCCUGGGCUGGAUUUUUGUGGAAAUGGCCCUUCAGGGAACACUGCUACUUCUUUUACGUCUUUUCCUUCAUUGGGAUCUCCUCCAGAAGCAAAGGGGUCAUUGUUCAAUUAACAACAUGGUCAGCCCAUCAGAAGAUGUUGAUGUAGAAAUGGAGCGACAGCGACUCUUUGGUGGAAGAACUGGUAACGAUGUGCUACUUCUGUACAACCUCAGGAAAUGUUACGGUGGUUUCAGUAAAAAGAACACAGCUGUGGAAAACAUAAGCUUGGGAAUACCAAAGGGAGAGUGUUUUGGACUCCUGGGAACAAAUGGAGCUGGAAAAAGCACAACAUUUAAGAUGCUGACUGGAGAUAUCAUCCCAUCUGCAGGACGUGCUGUUAUUCGGACUCCUACUGGGUCUGAAAUGGAUAUACUGUCUGCUAGCUCUGAGGGCAUUCUCGUUGGCUAUUGUCCACAGCAAGAUGCCCUGGAUGAACUUCUAACGGGUUGGGAGCAUCUUUAUUAUUACUGCACACUGCGUGGAAUUCCAAAGCAGGAUAUCCAUAAGGUUGCAGAGGACCUUGUUAACCGGUUGCACCUCAAUGCCCAUGCUGACAAACUGGUGAGAACAUACAGUGCUGGCACAAAGAGGAAGCUCUCUACUGCUGUGGCUUUAGUUGGUAAACCCCAAAUACUUUUACUGGAUGAGCCCAGCUCUGGGAUGGAUCCCUGCUCUAAACGCCACCUUUGGAAAACCAUCCUGAAGGAAGUUCAGGAUGGCUGUGCAGCUGUGCUGACAUCUCACAGUAUGGAAGAAUGUGAAGCUCUCUGCACACGGCUUGCUAUUAUGGUCAAUGGAAGUUUCAAGUGUCUUGGUUCUCCCCAGCAUAUUAAAAACAGGUUUGGAGAUGGUUAUUCAGUCAAGGUUUGGCUUAGCAAAGAAACAAGCUAUCGAAGAAUUAUUUUGGACUGCCUACAACUGCACUUUCCUGGAACACAGUUUAAGGGACAACAUCUCAAUCUGCUUGAGUACCACGUACCACGAAGUCAGGGAUGUUUAGCAGAGCUCUUCAGAGUCCUAGAGAAUCACAAAGUUUUUCUCCAAAUCAAACACUAUUCCAUUAGCCAAACUACAUUAGAGCAGGUAUUCAUUAAUUUUGCUACACAGCAGCAAGGAGUCUCACAUUCUUCACCAGGAUCUCCUGUUGAGGAUCAUGACCACCUUGCACUCUAGGCUCAGAACAGGAUAAAGCUUCAGCAGCACAUACAUGUGUGUGUAUGUUUGUGUGUACAUAUACACACAAGUUACAUGCAAUAAUUUUUCAACUGUGAACAAUUUGUGUAUGAGAAACAAAUAAUGGAAGCAGAGGUGAAUUUGCAUUUAAAGACCAGAAGGAAUGGUACCAGUUCUUGGUUAAACAAGAAACUUGUUGUAUGCAGACCAAAAAUCUGACAAAAGGUAAAAAUUAACUGGAAUUUUAAAAUAUAAAUGGCCUAAUUAAUGCAGAGGAAAAAAAUGAUCUGAAAUGUCAGUGCAUAGUAGAUUUUUUUUUUGUAGUGAUUGCAUUCAUUUGGAUACAGUACUCUCUUGCAUGCACAUUUAAUAUCCAAUUUUUACAUGACAAGUCAAGAAAAAACGAUUGAAUGAUAGCAGUAGCUAGGCUGUCACCCAAUAUUUGUAUUUAAUAACACAAAUUGAGAGCCUUUUGGCUUCCCUGUUAAUUCAGCUCUGUGUUGUGACAAGCUAAAUUAGCCUUUUUAUUGUAUAAAGGAUGCACUGUAUUCCAUAAGGCUUUAUGUUAAAGAGGUUAUUAGUGUACUAGUCUGCCUCCCAGUUAUCUUAAGUACAUUAAACAAGUUUAUAUAGAUCAUACUUGACAAUGAGUUUUCCCUUAUGCUUGUGGGUUGCUGCUGGAAGUAUUCUCAAGUAUAUUUUAAUGACCUAUUUUGUUUUUCUCAUAUUUUUUUUUCCAAAAAAAAUGUCAAAAAGAGAAGAAUGUUUAAUGGGAAUGUUAAAGGAAAUAAGAUAAACAUUCAGACAUUGAUCAGUAAACUUCUCAAUAAAUA